AAUAAACAGCUUGAUGAAUUAAAUAAUUUGAUUUUAGAGCUCCCAAUUGAUAAUCUAUUUAAUGCUAAUGAGUUUGUACAUCUGGAUAAUAUUUUACUAAUUGAAGAAAUGCCAGACAAUAUAACUCUAAUUGAACAAAUUCAUCAUAAACAUAAUGAUGAACCAUUGUGUAAGAUUUCUUUACAAAAAGGAACUCGUCUUGCUAAGAGUUUGGUAGAAUUUUUGUUGCAACAAAAUGAUGAAUUCGGUGUUUUAGCCAAAGAAUUAGGAUUAGUUAAGCAU